ACAUCAAGCUAAGCAAGAGAGAACACAAAUCAGUGUUUUGUGUGACCGAUCACGGCCAUAGUCGUCGUCGUGUUCUUCUUCCACUGAUCACAGUGAGAAGUAAUGGCGGAGCACUUAGCUUCCAUAUUCGGAACAGAGAAAGAUAGAGUCAACUGCCCUUUUUACUUUAAGAUCGGAGCUUGUAGACAUGGCGACCGCUGCUCUCGGCUCCACACUAAGCCCAGUAUUAGCCCAACCCUACUCCUCUCAAACAUGUACCAGAGGCCUGAUAUGCUCACUACCCCUGGUGUCGACACCCAGGGCCAGUCCCUUGACCCUCGCAAGAUCCAAGACAACUUUGAGGAUUUUUAUGAAGAUCUAUUUGAGGAGCUGAGCAAGCACGGGCAGAUUGAGAGCUUGAAUAUCUGUGAUAAUUUGGCUGAUCACAUGGUGGGAAAUGUUUAUGUUCAGUUUAGAGAGGAAGAACAUGCUGCUGCUGCUCUUCAAAGCCUGAGUGGAAGGUUCUAUGCAGGACGCCCCAUUAUUGUUGACUUCUCACCGGUGACAGAUUUUCGUGAAGCCACAUGUAGGCAGUAUGAGGAAAAUGUAUGCAGCAGAGGUGGAUACUGCAACUUCAUGCAUUUGAAGAAGAUUAGUAGGGAGUUGAGAAGAAAACUGUUUGGGAGGAACAGACGAAGACGUAGUCGCAGCAGAAGCAGAAGUCAUAGUCCUAGUAGGAACCGUGGUUAUGAAGAACGACCCCAUGGAGGUCCACAUGGAGGCCCACAUGGAGGUCCCCAUGGAGGCCCACAUGGAGGCCUACACGGAGGCCGUGGUUCUGGUAGAAGAGAUGAUGACAGAGAUCACCGCUCCCAUGAUAGGAGGCGACCCAGAAGCCGUAGUCCAGGUCCAGGCGCAGGUCCUGUUCGUAGGGGAAGAAGUAGAAGCCCUGGAGGACGGAGGAAUAGGAGUCCACCAGCAAGGGAAAGCAGUGCUGAAAGAAGGGCUAAAAUUGAACAGUGGAACAGGGAAAAGGAACAGGGAGGAGGAUCUGAAGAAAAACACGAUAAUAAUGGUGACAAUGAAAAUGAAAGGAAUGGUUAUGCACAGAAUUCCAGUCAUUAUGAUGAUUAUCAGCAGCAAUAGUUUGGGGGACCUAAAUAACUGAUAUAAUUGGACUUUUCUGGUAAAGCUUUUUCCUAUCUCAAGGGAUCGAUCUGUACACCCUAGCUCUACCCUCUAUUUUGAUAGGCUGCUUAUAGAUUCUCCAGGAAGAUGCCGUUUUAAAUUGUGGAUUUUUUUUUUCUUUUUGAUAAUUGUGACAUGUUUUAAGCCUAUGAAAACUUUUAGAUUUAGAUUUUUGUAUUUUUAAUUUGAAGAGCAAUGUGGUGCCUAAUAUGGAUAUUUUUGUGGUUUUAAUGUUAAUUGAGUUGCUACAUCAAAA